CUCCCUCAGCACCCACCCACUCACCCGCCCGGUUGGCCGACACCGACCGGCCCCACCUCUCGUUCUUUUGAGCGGCGUCGGCUGCAGUCGCUGCACCAGCCCGUCUGGCCACCAACGCCGCCGAGAAAGGAGCCGCCGCCGCCCGCGGCCCCCUCCCUCCCGGCCCGGCGGUAGCGGGGUGAGGACGAGCCGGUUGCGGAGGAAGAGGACGAGAGCCACUCGCACCCCUCGGCGCUAGCGCACGGCUCGCCGUCCCCCGGGGAGGCUCGGGCGCCGGCCCCUUCCUCCCCGAGGACGCGUGCCGAGCCGAGGCGCCUGCCCCGCGGGAGGAAAAUGCUCGGGCUCCAUGGCUGCCAGUGAUGGAGCGCUCCCUGGGCUCCCGCUCGCACCGCCGCCGCGCCCCGGCCGCGCUCCGCGAGGACCCGGCGUCUCUGCGCGCCCGCCCGCGCCUCGUUGCCGGGCUCACCGUACCGGGCACCCCGCCGCCGCCGCCGCCGCCGCCCCGCUCGCAGCCUCGCCACCCGGGCCCCAGCCGCGGCCAGCGUUUCCCCUUGGAGCAGCCGCCGCGAGCCCAGGGGGUUUGAAAGGCUCGUCCCCCGAGGCAGGAGCGACUGGCGCCGGUGCCUUCGGCUGAGGAGGAGGAGAAGGAGGAAUCGAGCCAGGCGGAGCUUCGGGUCCCGUUUUUCUCUCCGACGUCUUGAAUACAAAGAUUACGGUGCAGAAGGAAAUUGCACUCGCCUCCUCCGCCCGCCGAUACCCAACACAAUGCACCAGCCGCCCGAGUCCGCCGCCGCCGCCGACGUGAGCGCUAGGAAGAUGGCGCACCCAGCACUGUUCCCGAGAAGGGGCAGCGGCAGUGGCAGCGCCUCUGCGCUCAGCGCAGCAGGUACCAGCGUCGGGAGUCAUGCCACAUCAGCCGAGGAUCUGCCGCCCCCGACGCUGCUCCAGCCGCCGCCCCCUGCAGCCUCUUCCACGUCGGGACCCCAGCCUCCGCCUCCACAAAGCCUGAACCUCCUUUCGCAGGCUCAGCUGCAGGCACAGCCUCUUGGGCCAGGCGGAACUCAGAUGAAAAAGAAAAGUGGCUUCCAGAUAACUAGCGUUACUCCAGCCCAGAUCUCCGCCAGCAUCAGCUCUAACAACAGUAUAGCCGAGGACACGGAGAGCUAUGACGAUCUGGACGAAUCUCACACGGAGGAUCUGUCUUCCUCGGAGAUCUUGGACGUGUCGCUUUCCAGGGCUACUGACUUAGGGGAGCCCGAACGCAGCUCCUCCGAGGAGACUCUGAAUAACUUCCAGGAAGCCGAGACACCUGGGGCCGUCUCUCCCAAUCAGCCCCACCUUCCUCAGGCUCAUUUGCCUCACCUUCCAGCACAGAAUGUUGUGAUCAAUGGCAAUGCCCACCCCCACCACCUCCAUCACCACCACCACGGGCACGGGCUCCACCUCCACCACGGGCACCACCAUCCCGCCCACGCCGGUGUGUCCGGGGCACCCGUCUCUGGAGGGCCACCCGCCAGCCCAGUAGCCAGAAAACUCUCUACAACAGGAAGCACGGACAGUGUUCUACCAGCUGCACCAACUUCUGCUGUAUCAUCGAGUAGCUCACCUGCAUCUGUAAUAACUAAUGUCCGCACUUCGAGUACUCCUGGUGGUCUAGGUAUACAGUCUGUUCUUGGCACCAACACGGUGAAUAAUGUUAACCUUCCUGCAGUGGGUGGCUUUAGUCCAAAUGUGGCCAGCAGCGUGCUUGGGAAUGCUAACAUAAAUACAGGUGGUAUUCCCAGUGUUGCUGGCGGGAGCGGUGGGCCUGGAGCUAGCAUUAAUGUGAAUAUCUUGAGUGGCAUGGGCAACGGGACUGCUUCCUCCCCAGCUAUUGGUAAUGUCCCUAACAUAGCCCCUGGCAUGAUGGUGGGACCAGUUUCUGGUCAGCAGCCACAACCUGCGGUGAACACAUCCAGGUUCCGGGUUGUGAAGUUAGAUACCAGUUCUGAGCCCUUUAAGAAAGGCAGGUGGACUUGCACUGAGUUCUAUGAAAAAGAAAAUGCUGUACCUGCCACAGAAGGUGUGGUAAAUAAAGCAGUGGAGACAGUAAAACAGAACCCAGCAGAAGUGACUUCUGAGAGGGAGAGCACCAGUGGGAGUUCGGUGAGCAGUAGCGUGAGCACACUGAGUCACUACACGGAGAGCGUGGGAAGCGGGGAGAUGGGAGCCCCUGCUGUGGUGGUGCCGCAGCUGCCACCACCAGCCCUUCAAGGUGUGGCCCCUCAACAGAUGGAUUUCGGUAGCAUUGGUCCACAGAGUAUUUCAGCAGCAAGUAUACCACAGAGUAUUUCUCAGCCACAGAUCUCCCAGGUCCAAUUACAGUCUCAAGAACUGAGCUAUCAGCAAAAGCCAGGUCUUCAACCAGUACCUCUGCAAGCCAGUAUCAGUGUUGCAACUGGUAUCCAGCCAUCGCCUGUUAAUGUGGUGGGUGUAACUUCAGCUUUAGCUCAGCCGCCUUCUGUUUCCAGUUUGGCUCAACCCCAACUGCCAUAUUCUCAGAUGGCUCCUCCAGUGCAAACUCCCCUUCCAGGGCCACCACCCCAGCAGUUACAGUAUGGACAGCAGCAGCCAGCUGUUCCCACACAGAUGGCCCCAGGCCAUGGCAAAUCAGUGACUCAAAAUCCCACUCCAGAGUAUGUACAUCCGCAGUCGAUUCUUCAGACGGCAGCAUCCUCUGGACAGUCCAGUUCUGCAGGGGUGGGAGCAGGAACACCCGUGAUCCCUGUGGCCCAGGCCCAAGGCAUUCAGCUGCCAGCGCAGCCCGCAGCAGGCCAAGCACAACCUGCAGGGGCACCCGGCCAGCCCGGGGGCCAGGCUCCAACAGCAGUGUCUGCUGUACCGGCUAGCAGUCAGAUGGUAAACAUCGGUCAACGAGCAAACAUACCUACUGUGGGGCAGCAGCCCCCUGCCCCCGUCACACCUUCAGUUAUCCAGCAAGGUGCUCCUCCAUCUUCACAAGUAGUUCCACCUGCUCAAACUGCGAUUCUUCAUCAGGGAGUUCAAACUAGCACUUCAAGUCUUCCUCAACAAUUGGUCAUGGCACCCCAGAGUACCCUGUUAACUGCACCUCCCCAGCCGCCAGGAGUAGAAUCAGUAGCUCAAGGAGUUGUCCCACAGCAGUUGCCCACAGUUAGCCCUUUGCCCUCUGCUAGUAGUAUUUCUGUUACAAAUCAGGUUAGUUCAUCCGUUCCUUCUGGAAUGCCUUCUGCCCCGACAAACUUGGCUCCACCACAGAAUAUAGCACAACCCCCUGCCACCCAAAAUGGUAAUUUGGUUCAAAGCAUUAGUCAACCUCCCUUAAUAGCGACUAAUAUAAAUUUGCCUUUGGCACAACAGAUCCCACUAAGUUCUACUCAGUUCUCUGCACAAUCGUUAGCUCAGGCAAUUGGAAGCCAAAUUGAAGAUGCCAGGCGCCCAGUGGAGCCCUCCUUAGGUGGCUUACCUCAGACUAUCAGUGGUGACAGUGGGGGAAUGUCAGCAGUUUCAGAUGGGAGUAGCAGCAGCCUAGCAGCCUCUGCUUCUCUUUUCCCGUUGAAGGUGCUACCGCUGACGACACCCCUGGUGGAUGGCGAGGAAGAGAGCUCCUCUGGUGCAAGUGUGGUAGCUAUUGACAACAAAAUCGAGCAAGCUAUGGAUCUGGUGAAAAGCCAUUUGAUGUAUGCGGUUAGAGAGGAAGUGGAGGUCCUCAAAGAACAAAUCAAAGAACUCAUAGAGAAAAAUUCCCAGCUGGAGCAGGAAAACAAUCUGCUGAAGACGCUGGCCAGCCCCGAGCAGCUCGCCCAGUUUCAGGCCCAGCUGCAGACUGGCUCCCCCCCUGCCACCUCGCAGCCACAGGGGACCACACAGCCCCCCGCCCAGCCAGCGUCCCAGGGCUCAGGACCAACCGCGUAGCCUCCCGUGGCCCCCGCAGAACUGGCUGGUACCGCCCGAUCUGAACCCAGCAGCCCGGAGAAGAUGUGCUAGCGGGAAUCCGCCUCCACAGUCACCCAUUUCAUUGCUCGCUGCAAAAGAGACGUGAGACUGAUAUACGCCAUUAUCUCUUUUUUUUCUACCCCCCCCCCCCCCCAGUAUUAAACAGUCAUACUUUUGGCUUGAAGAAGUUUCUUAGUUGGGUGAAUUAAAAGUUAAUCAGAGAAUUAGCAUGGAUGUACUGGGACCUUAUGCAGCCUGGCAAAUACCUGAGAAAUGGUUUGAUUCACGCUGAGGAGCUGUGUGCCUUUCCAUCCCUUCCCUGCUCCCCACCACCACCACCUCCAAGGUUUAUCUCCUGCUUGCAAAUGGUUUAACACAUGGGGUUAGAAAGCAGUGGCGUUCCAGGUCGGAAUUCCCCCUUCUCACCCCAUGAGGACUUGAAAAGGAGGUACAAGUGAAGACUGAGGCAUAGUCUCACCUAAAACGAGAGGAAACACAGUUCAUUGUGCAAAUUGACUGUCACCCAAAUCCACGAAAAUCAAAAGUACUGUGCCUGUUUCCGAAACAGUGGAUGACACGAAGCUGUUAGUGUGACUAAAUGGCGAUAGGUAGCUGGGACCUAGGCUAUCUCACCAUGAAGGUUGUUUUGCUUAUUGUAUAUUUGUGUAUGUAGUGUAACUAUUUUGUACAAUAGAGGACUGUAACUACUAUUUAGGUUGUACAGAUUGAAAUGUAGAUGUUUCAUUGGCUGUCUGAAAAGGUGUGAAUUGUCUUUUAUAUAUAGACCUACAUUUAAAACGCUACAUGACAAAACCACACAUAAAGAAAUUUUAAGAAUUUGGCACAGUUAGUCUCUGUGUAAUCUGCAAUCUUCUAGCUGCUGAAUAUCCUGAAGUAAAUCCCUGUUCACCAAAGUGUUUUGAUUGAGUUAGUUGAAUACUUUGAAAACUGUUGUAGCUAAUGAGAUGACUUUCCCAGUAGGGAUUUCUGCCUAUUACCUGUAUAGUAGUUAUAUGCAUAUGUUUCUGUGCAUGUUCUCUACACAGUUGUAAGGUAUCACUGUAUUUAACUGUUGCACUUGUCAACUUUCAAUAAAGCAUAUAAAAUGUUGAUUAA